AAUAGUCAAGCUAACCACACCAAGACAAUAAUGAAAAAAAGGGUUCUUAAAUACGGUGGUAAGUCAGGUCUCUUACCUGAAGUGCGUCCAGUCUUCAAGCGUUAUCCUAUAAGGCCACCAAGCGAAAAGGAACAAGCUGCAUUUGACAAGAUCGAACAAGGUUAUGCAGAAGGAGUUCCAGUUCCAAAAAGUAAAGGACUUCAAAUAUCACGUAAGCCCAUUCCUAAACCCGUUCUCACUGUGGAUGAAAGAAUCAAGAUGUUUAUAGAGGAUAGAAGACCAAAAGUAGAAGAUGAAUCUAAAUUGAACGAACAAGAAAAAUGGGAAUUGAAAAAAGACAACAUUAGACGUGAAUACUUAAAAGAAGCAUACAAAAGAGAAGAAGAAAGAUUAUCAAGACUAGAUGAAUUGAAGGCAAAGAAAGAUGCGUCAGACGCUGCUGCUAAAAGCAAGAAACAACAUACUGGUGAUUCUGAAUCCACCAAGCUAACUUUGCCAACUAUUGAUUCAUACUUGCAAGGUUCUUUAAUGAGAAAUAGAACCCCAAACGAAGAGGCCAUAUUAAAAGAAAAGAGAACUCUUAAUAGAAAAACCUUGGAAUUAAAGGAAAGAGAAAAGAAGGCCAACCAAUUGUUAGAAUUAUACCAUUCUGCCGCAAAGUUCAUCACUACCGAAGAAGAAUUAAAUGACGCAGUUCAUCAAGCCUUCGAAGUUGAUGUCGGUAGAUUUGACUCUAACAUUUCAGCCAUCGGUGAAAAACUUAGGUCUGGUGGUAAUGUUUUCACCAACCUCGAUAAGAAUGCUAAUUUACUUCAAAAUCAUGCUCUUGGUCAAAUCAAUGGUAAACCUGGUUUACAAGCUAUCAAGGAAACCAUUAGUGGUAGAGCUCAAAAAUUAAGAAUUGAUGCUGAUCUCGCUAAUGAGAACUCUUCAUCAUAAUUCAAAUAACUCAACUUAUGUACAUAG